CACUUCCCUUCUCCAGCACUCUCUCUCUCUCUCUCUCUCUCUCACUCACUCACUCACUCACUCACACUCACUGCCUGUGAAAACAAGGACGUCCUUUCUUUCCUUUACCCGGAAGCCGGAGAUGCUAGGGACUUGCAGUUGAGAAUCCUGCACUGCUGGUACACCUGAACUUCACUUGGAGGAGGAUCGUCGUGUGUCGGAGAGAUCUGAAUUCACCGGACAGAUCUGGUGAAAAGAGACAGCACAAGAAGCUUGAAGUAAAUGUAACAUCUGACUGUGAAGGAAGUAGGAAUCAAAAGCCAUCAAAAUGAAUUUUGUUAUGAAGCAAGCGUUGGGAGGAGCAACCAAAGACAUGGGCAAAAUGCUGGGAGAAAAAGAAGAGAAGGACCCUGAUGCUGAGAAGAAGGAGGAGGAAAGACAAGAGGCUCUCCGGCAGCAAGAGGAAGAGAGGAAGGCUAAGUAUGCAAGAAUGGAGGCAGAAAGGGAGUCAAUCCGACAGGGCAUCAGAGAUAAGUAUGGUAUAAAGAAGAAGGAGGAGAAGGAGGCUGAAGCUCAAGCUGCCAUGGAGCAGGCAUCUGAAGGCAGUCUUACUCGCCCGAAGAAAGCCGUGCCCACUGGCUGUGGUGACGACGAAGAUGAAGAAGAAAGUAUUGUGGACACAGUCAUGAAGUUCCUCCCAGGUCCUCUUGUAGAUAUGUUCAAUAAGAAGUAACAGAGUCAUGAAUGUGUUCUUAUUAAACCUGUCAUAAAUGUCAUAACAUCCACCCCACUCCCCUUACUCCCUACUCUUCACUCAUUAGUUCCAUACUUACUGGACUCAGUGAACCUGCCAUGACUGUAGUCUUUAAGUUGAAGUGUUAGAUCCAGAAAUCAUGCCUAAAAUUGUGCACUAAAAUUGCAAAUAUAUAUGUUCCUUUUCAAAUUAAAGACACAUUUAAUGGCAGAGUCCAGGCAAUGGAACGACAACAACAGUAAUUACCCAAGCACCACAUAUUUUGUUUGUAAAUAGCUUAUAAAAAGACUAUAUAUGAAUAUCAGAAUAUAUCGAUAUAUACACAAUUACCAAGAGU